GCAUUGAGAGGAUUGAAGUGGCAUUCUAAGGUCAUUUGAAAUCAUGACAAGCUCAGUUGGACAGAAAAAAGUCUCUUCAAGACAAAGGAAGUGUGGGUUUUGUAGAUCUAAUAAAGAUAAUGAAUGUGGACAAUUAUUGAUGUCAGAAAACCAGAAGGUGGCAGCACAUCACAAAUGUAUGCUGUUCUCAUCUGCACUGGUAUCUUCACACACUGAUAAUGAGAGUCUUGGUGGGUUCUCUAUUGAGGAUAUUCAGAAAGAAAUAAAGAGAGGCACUAAACUGAUGUGUUCUUUAUGCCAUUGUCCUGGAGCAACCAUUGGCUGUGAUGUGAAAACAUGUCACAAGACAUAUCACUACUACUGUGCUUUGCAUGAUAAAGCUCAGAUAAGAGAGAAACCCUCACAAGGCAUUUACAUGAUUUUAUGUCGAAAACACAAGAAAACUACGCAUAACUCUGAAGAUUUAGAAGAAAGUAUCAAUGAACACGAGUUGGAGCCUUCGCCUCCCAAAGGAAAAAGGAGGGGUCGUAAGGGAAAGCCAAGAAAAACAAAUUUAAAAGGGCAAUCAGAAGACACUAGAUCUACGUCCUCACAUGGCACAGAUGAAAUAGAAAGCAGUUCCUAUAGAGACAGGUCUCCCCACAGAAGCAGCCCCAGUGAUACAAAACCUAAAUGUGGAUUCUGUCAUGCAGGUGAAGAAGAAAAUGAAGCUAGAGGAAAGCUUCAUAUAUUUAAUGCCAAAAAGGCUGCAGCACACUAUAAGUGCAUGUUGUUCUCUUCUGGCACUGUCCAGCUAACAACAACUUCAAGGGCAGAGUUUGGUGAUUUUGAUAUCAAAACUGUACUUCAAGAAAUCAAGAGAGGAAAAAGAAUGAAAUGCACACUUUGCAGCCAGCCUGGUGCUACUAUUGGGUGUGAAAUUAAAGCCUGCAUAAAAACAUACCAUUACCACUGUGGAGUAGAAGACAAAGCUAAAUACAUUGAGAAUAUGUCACGAGGAAUUUAUAAACUCUAUUGUAAAAACCAUAGUGGAAAUGAUGAAAGAGAUGAAGAGGAUGAAGAAAGAGAAAGCAAAAGCCGUGGCAAAUCAGGCACUGACCAUAAUGACAUUCCUCAGCAGCAGCUCAAUGGAAACUAGGUUCAAGGGACAGAGUUAUAGAACUGGGAAUGGCUAAGACAUCAUAACUACUAAUUCUUUUAAAUUGUUUUCUAAAAUCAGAAAAGGGUUAGUAACCUUUUACUACCCAACUCUGUUAGAAAUUUCAUUGAACUGCCUGAAACGUUCAUGUGUGUGAGCCUUCAGUAAGUGGCAGAUUUUUACAUGUCAAUAUUAUGUAGUUUGUAGUCUGCAGUGUCUGGAAAAAAUGAAACACUAUAUAAAUGAUAUGUAAUAUGUACAGUGUCAAAAGUUAAGGCAGACGUUGAAACGAAGUAAGAUCUAUAUUUCUGGACUGAAUAAAACCCUUAAGAUUUGGAAUGUGUAAGUUGUUUAGUGGAUUCAUGCAAUGAGAGAAGGUCUUAGCUAGUUUGCUUAACAACAUGGACAAGUUCGUGGUGGCAACAAGCUGGUACUUUGUGAAUUUUGCAUUUUCUUCAUACACAAGUUACGGAGGCUAUACAUGGGAAAGCCGCUCUCUGUUUUUGCUUGCAAAGCACACGGUAGAAAAGGACUCAGUGUACACCGAAGCACGCUUGAACAUUUCAGGUUGUUCCUGUUGUGAUUGCUCAUUCCGCCUAGCAUUGUUUGCAGGAGAUUUACUUGAGCAGCUGUUGGUUCUGAGCUGUGAGCUUUAGAACUCAUGCCAAAGGGCUGUAGUUCAUUCUUUCCCCAACAACCCACCUCUUUCUGUGUCCCUGAUCUACAAAGAACACUUCACUAAGUGUGAUUGAAACCUUAUUAUACAAAUGUUUGGACUUCGCAGCCCAAUCUCUUUUUACUUCAGAGAGUUACAACUCUUAACUCACUAUGGAAUUUAGCCACCAUAUCUGACGUCCAUACCUCAAGUGUUCUGUGUUGUGUGGAACACUUCAUGUUUUGUCCAGAAUAUGCAUAAAGGUCCCAUAUUCUGUAAGAAGAAUGAGGAAACAACCUUUUUUGCUA